UUGACAAAAAAAAAAGCUCAUGAAAACUGGUUAAGAAAUGACCAAGUUACGACUGAAUUUCAAUCUCAAUGCAUUGACUUUGAUGGCAACUUUGUCCCUUCCAACAUGGCCGCAAAGUAGGCACGUCGGUUACCCGCGGUGCUACAGCGCGCUGGCGUAUCGGCAUGUGACCAUUCGAGGGACUCAUUUCGUAUUGCUUGGGGUACAUAUGUGUGUACGAAGUUGGGUAACAAUGCCUUAUCUUAGUUUGUCAAGGAAAACGCUUUUUUGCAUCGCAAUUUGGGUACGCUGCGUUUCACACAUCUCAGAAGUCACCGGCCCACAAUGCACCUGGGUUGUUGUGACGUCAGGUGAGGCUGGAACAAAACAAGCGUGCGAGUAGGUGGGCUGGGCUGUGGCCCGAGAGGAGGCGCAAAAAAAAAAAAAAAGUCUUAACAAUUUCUACCCAAUAUAAGGUCAACGAGGCGUGACACGAUGAUGUACAAUCCGUCGUCCGUUGUGUGCUAGAAGGCAGAGACAGUCAUGCAGACACAAAGAACAGGACUUGUACUACUUAAAUGACUCAGUAAGAUGCUUUAUUAGGCAGUUUUCAGAGGAUAAAGAAUAUAUGCCUUGCACUGAACCAUGGCGGCUAGGAGCGUCCACGUCCCCCCGCUGCCGCUGUUGCUGCUGCUCUCCCUGCGGGCCUUGCAGACAUCAGCUGAGAGCUCAGAGGGUCAGCUGCUGUGCCUGUGCGACAGUCCCAAGUGCCUGCAGGAACAGUGCCGCGGCACCCGCUGCUUCUCGUCGGUGCGGGUGGGCUCCGGCGGCGUCGUGUUUGAGCGCGGCUGCCUGGAGGGUCCCAAGAAGACGCGGCUGCACUGUUCCACGGCGCCUUCCUCCCACCAGGCCAUCCGCUGCUGCUCGCAACACCUGUGCAACGGCAACACCACCAGGAGCGCCGUCAUCGCCUUGCUGCCUUCAGCUCCGCAGGGCGAGCCGGUGGGCUACGGCGCGGGCACGCUGGCUCUCCUGGCGCUGGGCCUGCUGGCGGCGCUGGCGUUGCUGUCGGUGGCGUCGGCGUUGGCCUGCAGGAGGCUCCACCGCGGGAACCUGCACAGGCUGCAGGAGUUCGAUACCGAGCAGGGCGCCGUGGACGGACUCGUGACCUCCAACGUGGGGGACACCACUUUAGCCGACCUGCUGGACCACUCGUGCACAUCGGGAAGUGGGUCGGGCCUUCCUUUCCUGGUUCAGAGGACUGUUGCCAGGCAGAUUAGUCUGAUGGAGUGUGUAGGCAAGGGCCGGUACGGCGAGGUGUGGCGAGGCCAGUGGCAGGGCGAGAACGUGGCCGUCAAGAUCUUCUCCUCCAGGGACGAAAAAUCCUGGUUCCGCGAGACCGAGAUUUACAACACUGUGCUCCUGAGACACGAAAACAUCCUGGGCUUCAUGGCGUCCGACAUGACGUCGCGCAACUCCAGCACGCAGCUGUGGCUGAUCACGCACUACCACGAGAACGGCUCUCUGUACGACUACCUGCAGCGGGUGGCCGUGGAGACGUGCGAGGGCCUGGCCAUGGCGGCGUCGGCGGCCAGCGGCCUGGUGCACCUGCACACCGAGAUCUUUGGCGCCGAGGGCAAGCCGGCCAUCGCGCACCGCGACCUGAAGAGCAAAAACAUCCUGGUGACCAAGGAGCUACGUUGCUGCAUCGCAGACCUGGGUCUGGCGGUGACACAUUCUCAGGCUGAUAACCUCCUGGAUGUGGGCAACAACCCCAAAGUGGGGACCAAGCGCUACAUGGCUCCUGAGGUCCUGGACGAGAGCUUACGUACAGAGUGCUUUGACGCCUUCAAGCGGGUGGACAUUUGGGCCUUCGGGCUGGUGCUGUGGGAGAUCGCCAGACGCUCGUACAGCAACGGUAUUGUAGAAGACUACAAGCCUCCGUUCUACGACCAGGUGCCAAACGACCCGAGCUUCGAGGACAUGAGGAAGGUGGUGUGCGUGGAGCAGCAGAGGCCCUUCAUUCCUAAUCGUUGGUUCUCCGAUCCGACGCUGUCGGCUUUGGUGAAGCUGAUGAAGGAAUGCUGGUACCAGAACCCGUCGGCCAGGCUGACGGCGCUGCGGAUCAAGAAGACAUUGGACAAGAUUCACAGUUGCCUGGACAAGGUGAAGGACUCGUGAGAGCGAGGGGGGAGCUCGAACCCGUCUUCCUUUUUAAAUCCCGCGGUGGCCUUCUGAGGACUUGUGGGGACUGACCCACGCGGAGGACCGUGGACUUCUUCAACUCAUGUCGUCUUUUCCGAUCCGUGGCUUCGGUGUGGCGAAAGGCGAUCGACAAGCUGUUAGCAAGAUGAUAAAUGCUCCCAUAAAAAAGAAAAAAAGAAAACAAAAACACUCAAAUUGUAAAAGUUGCCAAGAGGAACCCAGCCAAAUAGAUUUGAAAUGUUGUGGUGUCAUUCAUCUUGUCGGUGCCAUAUCAGGAGCUUCGUUUAUCAAGCGUGCGUGGGGGGGAAAAAAGUCCCGCACAAAGUAUGGGAUUGAUCAAUUUGGAUUUAUGCGCAAA